AUGGGAACCUCUCCACGCAGUAAGGAAGAGCGCACAGGGAGAGUUAAUGUGGCCUUACUGGUUCUUCUUGCCCUCAGGAAUGUUGUAGAUGUAGAUGUUCAUUCAUGUGGCAGCCCUGCCUUAAAGUGCCAACUGCAGCUGAGAGUCAAAAAUCCAACGUGUUUUCAUGUCUGUGUGUUUCAGGGAGUGUGCAUGCUGUUCAUCCCCAAGAUUGGACUCACUCUUUUCAUUGUGUUUUACACUUUUGGAAACAUUUGCACUCUGUGCAGCACCAUGUUUCUGUUGGGCCCACUGAAGCAGCUGAAAAGGAUGUGCGACAAAACAAGAGCGCUGGCCACAACAAUCAUGAUAACGUGCCUUGUGUUGACUCUCUGCGCAGCCUUCUGGUGGAAGAACUUUGGACUUGCUUUGUUAUUUUGCAUCCUGCAAAUCUUGUCGUUCACCUGGUACAGUCUGUCAUACAUCCCGUUUGUGAGGGAUGCAAUACUGAAGUUGGUGGCGGUCUGCAUCAAGUGAGGGCCUGUCUGUCUUUGUGUGGAAGUUUCCAGCUGGAUGAAGUCUUUUUAUUUUUAUUUUUAGAAAGUCACUGAAGCUGCUUCCUCGUGCUUUAGAGAGUCUGUGACUCUUCCUGCUGCACAUACACAUGUUUUAUCUCCUUUGUCUUCUGUUUGCUUCAUUAUUUCAGCUGGUUGAGUUCAAUGAACUCAACCAGCUGGGCAUGGUUGGGGCAUGGUUUGUGAUAUAUGUAAAUAUUUCUAAUAAAUUAAAGUGUCGAUGAUUUUGUAAAGG